AUGGUGAGCAUGCUCAAUGUCAUCACAACGUGGUGCGCAGGUAGUAUAUCGUCCGGUGCAGCGGCUAUGCAGUCGACGUUUGGGGUAUCUGGGGAGGUCACUACGCUAUGCCUAUCGCUUUAUGUGCUAGGUUACGCUGUCGGCCCUGUUCUAUUCGUCUCUCUCUCUGAGUACUUUGGCCGCCAGCCUGUACCGAAUCUUGGGACUAUCAUCGUCUGCCGAUUUCUCACCGGUUUUGCAGGCGGUGCGUCGCUGACCAACACUGGCGGAUCAAUCAGUGAUCUAUGGGAGAGGAACACAAGUGGAGGACCAAUGGCUAUUUACGGCCUGAGCAGCACCUUCGGACCACCGAUGGCACUCGUAGUCAGCGGGUAUAUGGCCCUCGACCUCGGUUGGCGGUGGAUCUUCUGGAUCAUGAUGGCCAUUACCAGCGGAUACGGGCGAAAGGGGCUAGACGAGCUGUUUAAGAUUACCCUCACUCGUCCAUUGCGAUUCUUAUUUACCGAACCCAUUACAACAUUUUCUGCGAUAUACAAUGGCUUCCUCUACGGUCUGGUGUAUCCUUUCAAUGAGGUCUUCCCCCUUGUUUUCGGUCCUGGGAAGGGCCACGGCUUCAACGUCGGCCAGCAAGGUCUCACCUUCCUCGGCAUGGUUAUCGGCCCGAUUAUCGCAUUCUGCUUCUAUCCCCUGCAAGAACGAUACUACCUGCGUCGAGUCAAAAAGCACGACGGCAAGGGUGUCCCAGAAGCACGCAUGUGGAUGGCCCGACUGGGUGCGAUCUUCAUUCCGAUCAGCCUUUUCUGGUUUGGCUGGACAAGCUGCCGGUCCGUCCACUGGAUCGUGCCCAUCAUUGCCUCAGCAUUCUUUGGGCUGGUAUCUACAUCGUCAUAUUGA